UACGGUUAUUGUCAAUCCGGCAUCAGAGCUACAUUUACCGCAGCUUCCUCGUCCAGAUAUAAAGACAAGUUCAUAUAAAAUUCAAAAAAUCAAUCUUUCUCCAGCAGCUCGCAUCUUUGUUGGACAGCUUCAUUAACUGCGCGACGACGACGCUGAUAAAACCAUACCGACACCAAAUAUAAACCUAGACCAAAAAUAAAAACAUAAAUUGUACGCUUCGGCUAGUUGUGCCACGACUUUAAGUUAAAAACAAAACUUCAUACAAGAAUUUCACCAUGGGUUCAACCCGUGCUACUUCCGGUGAACAACUGAUUGGAUCGGAAAUACUCAACCCACCUGAGGGAGAAUUCAAUGAUUCCCAAUUAUCAGAAGUACUUUUGCAGAUUGCCAAAAAGGAAUUGCGUGAAGACAAAUUAUCGCGAGAACAAUGUCUUCAGCAAUUGAGGAGUUGGAUGGAAAAAAACGAAGAUAUUCAAGACACCCGUUUCGAUGACCUUUUUCUGCUACGAUUCCUACGUGUGAAAAAAUUCAGCGUCCCCAUGGCUCAGCAAGUUUUGCUCAAAUACAUGAAUCUACGCAGAACAUUUCCUCACAUGACAAAUGACCUGGAUUUUCUAGGACCUAGACUAAAUGAAAUCAUUUCGGCUGGAUAUAUUUUUACCUCGCCAAUUCGUGAUAAACAAGGACGUCGUGUUGUGAUAAUUAAUGCUAGACAUUUCAAUCCAAAAAUCUAUUCGAGCGUAGAACAAGCGAAGGCGCAUUUCAUAACCUAUGAAACUUUGAUGGAAGACCACGAAAACCAGAUACUCGGUUUGACGCACGUUGGAGACUUUUCAGGCAUCACUACUGGACAUGUGACCAAUUGGAAUCCAACAGAAUUCGCCAGAGUUUUCAAAUGGGGUGAACAGUCGCUGCCAAUGCGUCACAAGGAAAUUCACUUAGUCAAUGUUCCUGCAUCUCUCAAAUGGCUAAUUGACUUUGUCAAGACUCGAGUGAGUACCAAAAUCAAGAACCGACUCAAUUGCUACGUAAGCGAAAAAGACUUGCCAAAGCAUAUGGACGUAGAUUGUCUACCCCUCGAACUAGGAGGAAAGAUACCCAUGAGUGAAAUGAUAGAAUCCUGGAAGCUAGAGCUUGCCAAGAAAAGAGAUUGUUUGCUGCGAUUGGACGAAAUGAAAUUGCUAAGUGACCAAGGAAUAACUACGAGCCGAAAUCCAGACAAAGCAAACCAAAAUGGCACCAAUUUUGUAGCCCACUUUGAAUCCCUUGCUGGGAGCUUCCGUAAAUUAGAAAUUGAUUAAAAUAAUAUUAACCCUACCAUAAGAAUUUAAAUUAAAUUAAAAAAAAGUAUUUCAGCCAGUUCACUAGCUAAAUUAAGAUUGUACCAAUCAACCAUUUUCAUGAACAUACUAUCCUGAAUCUUCAUAAAAUAUAAUGUGUAUUGUUUUAGAAAUUAAUUUAAUAAACUAAUAAAAUAAAUAUUCUAUUAUUGAAAUCAAAAC